UCAACAAACCACAACUUUCGUCAAGAAUACUCUUUUCCUUUCUCCAAGUGAAUACUCUUUUCCUUUCUCCAAUGGCAGAAGGAGUCCUCUUCAACGUUGCAGAAGGGAUCAUUGGAAGGUUAGGCUCCCUUGUUUUCCAAGAGAUUGCCUUGCUUUGGGGUGUCAAAGAUGACCUCCAAAAGCUGAAGGACAAAGUUGCCCAACUCCAAGCUGUUCUUCUUGAUGCUGAGCAAAAACAAGCCAACUAUCAAGUCAAAGUGUGGCUCCAAAGCGUAGAAGAUGCAGUUUAUGAAGCUGAUGACGUGCUCGAUGAGUUUUAUACUGAAGCUCAGUGGAGACAAAUGGUGCCUGGAAAUAAUAAAGUGUCAAAGCAGGUACGCAUCUUCUUCUCUAGCUCAAACCAGCUUGUUUUUGGGCUAAAAAUCGGUCAUAAGAUAAAAGAUCUUAACAAGAGACUUUAUGAGAUUGCCUCGAAUAGAACAUUUGGUCAAUUACAAGUGAACCACGAAGAUGCACGAUUUGUAAUAAGAGAGAGGGUCACCCACUCAUUUGUCCGCGAGGAUAAUAUAAUAGGGAGAGAUGAAGAUAAAAGAGCAAUUAUUCAACUUCUGUUGCAUCCCAUCUCUACAGAGAAUACAGAGAAUGCAGAGAAUGUGUCCACCAUUUCCAUUGUGGGAUUUGGAGGAAUGGGAAAAACUGCACUUGCCCAACUCGUAUUCAACGAUGAAGAGGUUCAAAAGCAUUUUGAGCCAAAAAUGUGGACAUGUGUCUCUAAUUCAUUUCAGUUGGAUAUACUCGUUAAGAAAAUCCUAAAAACUGACAUGUUCGACAUGGAUCAGUUGCAAAAUGAGCUUAGGAAGAAGAUCGAUGGGAAGAGAUACCUCCUUGUGUUAGACGAUGUGUGGAAUGAUAAUCGUGAAAAAUGGCUAGCCUUGAAAGACUUGUUGAUGGGUGGUGCAAGAGGUAGUAAAAUACUAAUAACUACUCGUAUUGAUACAGUUGCAAAGAUAACAAAUACAGCUAAACCAUAUAAGUUAAAGGGGUUGAAUGAAGAACAGUCUUGGUCUUUAUUUAAGAAAAUGGCAUUUCAAGAUGGAAAAGAGCCAACAAGUUCAACCAUUAAGGUGAUUGGGGAGGAGAUUGCUAGAAAAUGUAAAGGGGUUCCGCUUGCUAUAAGGACCAUAGGACGGAUGUUGUACACUAGAGAUCCAGAAACUGAGUGGCCGACUUUCAAUAAUAACAAGCUUUCAACAAUAAGGCAAGAAGAAAAUGAUAUUUUACCAACACUUCAGCUGAGUUAUGAUGUUCUCCCAUCACAUUUGAAACAUUGUUUUGCUUAUUGUAGUUUGUUCCCGCCUGAUUAUGAGAUUCCCAUAGAGAAUUUAAUUAAGCUAUGGGUGGCACAAGGGUUCGUUAAGUCUUCAAAUCCUAAUGAGUGCUUGGAAGAUGUUGGUUAUGAAUAUUGUAAUGAACUAGUUUGGAGAUCUUUUUUCCAAGAAGAAGAAAAAGAUGAGUUUGGUAUAAUAAAAAGCUGUAAAAUGCAUGAUCUCAUGAAUGAACUUGCUGUUAAAGUGGCAGGGGAGGGAAGCAUAAUAAUAGGUCGCAAUAAGACUGAUUUUGAUGCAAAACUUCUUCUUCAUGUAUCUUUCGAUUUUUGUGUUGAUUUGUGGAAAUUGAAAAUACCAAAAUCGUUGUUGGAAUCAAAUAAGCUAAGGACUUUUCUUUUCUUAAGACAAGUGUGGUGGGGAAAGUCAUUCCAUAAGUCAUUUUGUGUUACAAUUGCUUCAAAUUUUAAGUCAUUGCGUACGUUGAGUUUGAACGGAUUGAAAAUUAAAAAAUUGCCAAAAUGUCUUUGGACAAUGAUACAUUUAAGAUAUCUUGAUCUUAGUGAUAACAGAGAAAUGGAGAGACUUCCCAAUUGGAUAGUCAAACUUCAAAAUUUGGAAGUACUAGAUCUCUCAAGAUGUGACUCUCUUGUGGAAUUGCCUAGAGAUAUCAAGAAAUUGAUCAACUUGAGACAUCUCAUUUUGAAAAGAUGUUAUAAAUUGGCUUGGAUUCCUCAUGGAUUGGGUGAAUUGACUCGUCUUUGUACUUUGAGUAGAUUUGUUUUGAGUGAAAACAAAUCCAUGUUGAGGGACUGUGCAGGGCUCAGUGAGUUGGGGAAGCUGAAGAAUUUAAGAGGAGAGUUGGAGAUCGAAAAUUUGAGGUACAAGAAAGAUAUGGUGUCAGAAUUGAAUUAUGAUGGUGCAGUUUUGAAGGAGAAACGACAUCUCUAUUCAUUGACUUUACAUUGGAUGCACAUCGAAAGAGAAAAUAGUGAUGCGGUUGAGGAGGAGAGUGAUGUAAUUAUUAAGUCAAUGGAAGCGCUGCAGCCCCAUUCAAGUCUAAAAGAGUUAACCCUGAAGUACUAUAUGGGUGUGGGGUUUGCGAGUUGGUUUCAUUCUCUCACAAAUAUUAUUAAUCUCAAAUUGUCUGACUGUGAUAGAUGCCAACAUCUUCCACCGUUGGAUCAUUUACCUUUUCUUAAAAGUCUUAAACUUUUCGGGUUAAGGAAUUUGGAGCACAUAUCAGCAGAAGACACGGUUAAAGACUUUGCCAGUGAUGAGAUGAUGAUGAUGAUGUCAGUUGCUUCUCCAUUGACGACCUUCUUUGCCUCCUUAGAGAGUCUUUAUCUAAUUGAUUGCCCUAAUCUCAAGGGAUGGUGGAGGAAUGAAACAGCUUCAGCUUCAGCUUCUUCAUUUCCUUGUCUUUCUACUUUAUAUAUACGGAAUUGUCCUAACCUAACUUCCAUGCCACUGUACCCAAAUCUUGAUAAACUGUGGUUAGAGGGAAGCAGCUGGAAGGUCCUUCCCUCCUCCUUUGUUCUCUCCAAAUUAAAAUCUCUAAACAUUAGAGGUGUUGAUGAUAUAGAAUAUUUGCCAGAAGAAUGGAUUGGCAACCUCACAUUACUCCAGGAGCUUGAAUUUCAUCAUUGCCCUAAUUUGGCAUCACUACCAGAAGGGAUCGGCAACCUCACAUUACUCCAGGACCUCAUAAUUAAGGAUUGUCCUAAUUUGGCAUCACUCCCAGAAGGGUUUCGUUGCCUUGCCUCAUUAAAAUCGUUGAUAAUUGAUUCUUGCCCCAUCUUAGAGCAAAGAUGCCAGAAAGAAACAGGUGAGGACUGGUCUAAGAUUGCUCACAUCCCAGAAUUUAUCAUAGACAGCUUGUUCAUUUUCUUCAUGAUCAUGAAUAUCAAGUCUUGGGUUUAUGAGGAUGGCGUCAGCACUAAGAAAGCUUAUGGCUUGAUUGUGAUUGUGCAACAGCAGGCCACCAAGAAUGUGCGGAGAGAAGAAGAAACAGAUGGAGUGAAGAAAGCCAAUAGCCAUCAUUCAAAUGGACCUUGUAGGAGUACUGGAAAAUUGCAAGAGUGCCGGAAGAGUGUGGUUCGAAGUGUGCUCAAGUCUUGUGGGGCAUUUCAGCAGUUGAGAGAGCUUCACUAUCCCAAGUGUGGUAUCUUGUGCUGCAGUGUUGAGCAACGUUCCUCCGUUCUGAAUUCGUGUUUUUAA